GAAGAAGAGGCUUCUCUCAAGUGAGAAUGGUUAAGAAACCUUUCUCACUUGAAGCUCAAACUUUGGUCCUCAACAAAGCAGAGAAAAACAAACACUCAAAGGUAGUUAGCUGCUGCAAGAAUGAUGAUGGUGAUGAAGAAGCUGUUGUGCUUGAGUGGGCAUCCAAACACUGGUCACUUUUAAUCAUUCUGUUGACAGUGGUGAAGAUGGUGAGAGAAGAAGAAGAUGAAGAAGCUGCUGCUGAGCUUGAGUGGCCAUCCAAAAGCUGGUUCCUAUUAAACCUUGUGUUGAUAGCUGCUCAGAUGAUUAGAGAAGAAGAAGAAUUUGAAGCUGAGUUUGAGGCAUUGCUUAGAGAAGAAGAAGCUCAGGGAGGAUCAGAGGAAGAAGAAUUGGCUGAAGCCAUGGAAUCUUUUGACAGAUUCAAAGAUGUCAUGAAGACUAAAAUUCCAAAAAAAAAAGAAGAUAGAAAGGGGUUUUCUCUUUAUGACGACGGAAAGUAUAUGAGAGGCUUGGGAUACCACGCAGCCAAAGUCAUUCCAAACUACACGCCAGAAAGGGGUUUUGGAUCUGAUGACAAAGUUGUCUAUGUUAGUUUCUCUGGCUUUGUUUCCACGGGAAGGGCAUACCUCAUUGAAUUCUUAGACCAUGCUUUGGUACUUAGAUGGGUCAAGGAAAAGGGUGGUGUGAGGAAGGAGCUUGCGAGGACUCAUUACGUUGACUUAGUGGCAGAAGUUGACAACGAGACGGUGACGAUUCUCGGCGGCGGGGAGACGAGCUCCGACAGCGAGUAGAAGGCGGAGUAGUAGUAUUUUAUCGUAUGUUUUAAUUAUCAGCAUUUAAUGAUGUUUUAUCGGAUGUUUUUAUUUAUCAGCAUUUAAUGCUGUAUUAUCGGAUGUUUUAAUUAUCAGCAUUGCUGUUUUAUCGGAUGUUUUAGUUAUUAAUGUUGUUUUAUGUCAGAUUGAUAAGAGUCAGAACCGGAAUCAAAUGUUGUGUCUUAAACAGUAAUAGUCUAAACAGACCUUUAUUUGGCCAAGUUUGUAUCUGUUAUGCUUGUGUCUAGACUCGAUUUUGUUGCUUCGUUAUGAGUGGUGAGGAUGUUAAUCUGAAUUCUAGUUGAAAUCCUCAAUACUAUCCUGUGCGGUCUAUAUCCAGUUUGAUCAUUCCGUUUACCACCUUGCUACGGGUUGACCACAUUGGAGCUUGAUGUUUUUGUUGCAUGCUUUAUCAAUUGUGGAGCUAGAAGGGAUCUUGAAGAAACGUACUAUCCGGAGUUUCGUUAUAAAAACAGACUUUCAGAGUCAUGACCCUGAUGUAUAUUAUGAUGAUUCAUUACUCUGUUUUUUAACACUCGCAAUAUGUGCUAAUACGUAUGUAUGUCUGUAGAAAGACAGAUUCUUGUCUGAACUUUGAGAAAGAGAAAAAAAUGAAACUUUGUUAGGUUCUGUGGAUCAAAUAGUGAGUGACUAUGAUACUUUUGAUGUGUCUGGACUUUCUGCACAAAGCCAAGUCUCUGUGGGGAUGGGUUUGCUCGCUGGCUCAACCGUUAUGCUUCUCAAUGAUGAUAACUAAUAGGUCUUCCAACCGUGGAUCCAAAGGAGACGGCUUGCUUUUGCAAAAUACUAGCAUGUUAUAUCAGGAAUACUUAAGCACUUGAAACAACAUGCUUUGGGAAAGCUAAGGUCAGCCUGAUGAACAUGUCAUUCGAAUGUAAGUCAAAUGGAGAGAGCAAAUUUUGUUUUAGCACCUUAUUCGGUUUCACCAUGUUCCAUAAAGCUAUCUGUUUAUUAGGUGGUUUGAGACAAAUGAUGCUAACAAGGACGGGGACUUACUUAUCAGCAGCUGAUCUUAAGGCGCUUUUCAACCUGGAGACUUUACAAGAGAAAGAGGGGACCAUUCAUUCUUUAGAGCUGACAACCAUGUUUACAUUUUGGUUCCAUCAUUUUCUUAUAUUUUGAUAUCUUUAUAAUUGAUGAGUUGAUGCAGAACCAGAAGAAUUGGCUGAAGCUAUGGAAUCUUUUGACAGAUUCAAAGAUGUCAUGAAGACUAAAACAAACAGCAAUAGACUAAACCAAGACCCCAACAACCUCCUUCACCCUUCUCAAAAGCAUAGUAUUUGUUAAAAGAAGGAAGACACAUUAUUGAUACUAGUCACUCAAUAUAUCUUUUUGCUCUUUUUCAUUAAAUUUUCCUUCAUCUUUGGUACAAACCCAUCAUUCUAAAUCCUGAAUUCCACAAAAGCAACACAUGCAAGACUCUGUCCAACGAAAAUGACUCUUCUUCAUGAAUGUGGCUAAAAUAAGUGAUUAAGAAAACACGAGCAGUUACUGUUUCAAAUUCUCAAGUAUUAGCAAUGGCAAUGAACCUAAAACCUAAAUAACAAAUGUAUUAACAUUUCGAUGUAAAACC